AUGACAGAUUGGUCCCCGCCGCCUGAUUCGCAGGGUUACAUGCUCAAGAACCUUAACAUCUCCCUUAUCGUUGCUUCUUCUGUCAUAUUAAUCGCCAGAUUGAACACUCGGGCAUUUAUACUCAAGUCUCUGGGUGUGGAUGAUUUAAUAGCAACCGUCUCAUUUAUUUUACUUGUCGCAUAUUCAUUAAUGAUCGUUCGAGCCGUGGGUAACGGGGCUGGGACUCACACAGAUCAAGUCCCACCUGAGCAGCUUGCCGAGUUCUUCAGAUCUCUGCCUACGAUACAACUGUUAUUUAUCGUAGAAAUCGCGAUGGUACGCUUCUCUGUGAUUGCCUUUUACUCGAGGUUGCAUAACGACAGAUGGUACCGCUGCGGUUUAUUUGUCUUAGGCUUCAUCAACUUCGCCAUGACAAUGGUUGUACUCUUCUUAUUUCUCACGGAGUGCAAGCAUAUUCCUGAUCUUUGGGAUAGCAGGGCGCAGAAUAGAGACUGCAUGGACAAAGCAAACGAGAGGAAGAUAAUUUGGGCCCAUGGCAUCACUGGUGUGGCGAUCGACCUUGGCCUGCUUGCUCUACCCAUCUCGCUCAUCUUCCGAGUCAUGAAACUUUCUGGCCAGAGAAUGCAAGUGCUUCUUGUGUUUUGCGUGGGCAUUGUGGCUCUGGUUGCUGGGGUUAUGCGCGUGGCAUAUAGCAUAAUGAUCGACUUUACUGUUGACAUAACCUACAAGAUAUUCCUCAUUGUGGUAUGGGUUGCUCUAGAAGGACACCUUGGUCUCUGGACGGCGUGUUUCCCCGCCCUCCAACCUCUCUUCCGUUUGAUCAACGAAAAGAGUGGUGCUAAAUUCAGGUUCCCGACAGAAAAGGGGAGGAGGCUGAGUGCCCAACUGAAAUGGGGAGGGAAGAGGUUGAGUACCCAACUGAACUGGGGAGGCUAUUUCAACAAUGCUGUAGAGAAGCUUGACAGCUCUGUCAGCUCUGAGAGCUCGGUUGCGGACAGUGUAUGA